AUGUUCAGAAAUAAUUAUGACGGGGACACAGUGACAUUUUCUCCAACUGGGAGACUAUUCCAAGUAGAGUAUGCGCUCGAGGCCAUCAAACAGGGGAGUGUAACCGUUGGGUUACGUUCAUCAAAAUAUGCCGUACUUGUGGCAUUGAAGAGAAAUGCGGAUGAACUAUCAUCUUUCCAGAAGAAAAUUAUCAAAUGUGAUGAACAUUUGGGACUAGCAUUAGCUGGGUUGGCACCUGAUGCAAGAGUGUUGAGUAAUUACUUGAGACAACAAUGUAAUUAUUCAGAUAUGGUUUUUAAUAGGAAACUAUCCGUGGAGAAGGCAGGUCAUUUGCUAUGUGAUAAGGCUCAGAAGAAUACUCAGUCAUAUGGGGGGAGACCUUAUGGGGUGGGUCUAUUAAUUGUUGGAUAUGAUAAGAGUGGACCACAUCUUUUGGAGUUUCAACCUUCUGGUAAUACUUUAGAAUUAUAUGGGUCAGCCAUUGGUGCGAGGUCGCAAGGUGCUAAGACAUAUUUAGAAAGAGUGUUAGACAAAUUUGUUGAAAUUGAGGAUGCUGAAGAGCUAAUUAAGACUGGUGUGGAGGCAUUGAAACAAUCAUUGAAGGACGAAACUCUAAGUACUGAUAAUUUAUCCAUUGCUAUUGUGGGUGAAGAUAUUCCAUUCACAAUGUACGAGGGUGAUAAUGUAGCAAAAUAUUUAUGA